CCUAAUAUUUCGGUUUGUUUUAGAGGAGUGCCUGAGAGUGCAUCACACGGACGGGGAACCGCCGUCUUCUCCCCGGCCUCGCUCGGCUCGAUCAUGGCGUCGUCGGCGGAGCCGCCGCCGAAGAAGCGGAAGCUCGUCGAGGCCCAGACCCCGAGCCCCUCCUGCCCUCCGCGGCCGCCCCUGCCCCUGUCCCCAGGUCCACCUCCUACCCCGCCGCCUCCCCAAACCCUAGCCGCAGCAGCCGCGCCCUCUUCCCCGCCACCUCCCCCACGGUCGCCCACGCCGGCGCCGGAGGAGGUCCAACGCAAGCGCCGCAACCGGGAGGAGCUGCGCAAACUCUUCGAAUGCUACCGUCGCAUCCGCCUCUGCGUGGAGCGCAAGGACGCGCGCCUCAUGCCCGAGCUUGAGCAGGUCUACCUCGCUCUCAUCACCGCGUACCGAGGUUGCACAAGUGUACAGCGUAUCUUAGCUAAGUUGAUUCCCCAGUAUGCCUCAUACUGUCCUACUGCACUUGAGGCUGCUGCUAAAGUCUCCAUCAAGAUGUACAAAGGGAACUUGGCCAUUGUAACAAGAGGGGAGGAUGCAGAUGGUGUGGCAUAUCAGACUGCUAGGGCCUGUAUUGCUGGCUUAGUUGACAUUUGCUCCACAGCAUCUUUUGAAGCUCCCAAGUCAUCUGUUAUCACAGGAAUCUGCUCUGCAGUCUAUAUGACUGUCCUUACCUUCUUCAUUUCAACAUUUGAUGGGAAGGAUAUCCAUCACAUAGGCUCCAGAAGACUUUCAAAGCUUCAGGACCCUGUGGAGUUACUAAAUAUUGUAAAGCAGGAGUCAGGGGAUGAUAACCAACUGUCACAUGAUUGUUUAUUUGAACUGAGGGCACUUUCCUUGCUAUGCAUAUUUCUACUAUCCCCAGAGAACCUAUUAGAGGCGUGUUUUGUGCUGAUUGCUUCUGCAGAAACUGACCAUGUGAGAGAAGGACUGUACUGUUUAAACCAGCUGACCUGCAAUUUGAACCAUGGUGUCUCAGUUAAUGCUUUGGACAAUAAGGCUGAUAUAGCCUCACAACAUACUGGGAUGGAUAUAGAUCUGUCUGGCACAAAAGAGAUUGUUGAUUCAACGCCUUCUGAUACUUGUGGUGAUUCAGGAAGUUCUGUGGCAGAAUCAAAUGAGUGCUACAUGACAAUGGCAAUAUCUAGGCAUCCAUCUGUGAGAGGUUGGAUAUUACGGAGAUACAAAAAAUUAUGUGACUCCUGUAGAUCUACUGUGCUUUCAGAGGUGUCAUCUUGUUUAAAAGUUUUGGGCUCUUUAUCAGAGCUUGACGAGGAUAAAAGUCACAUGGACUGUGAACCAUCAGUACUGGAGAAGCUCGACAAUUGUGCAGGUGAAAAGAUUGUCAACAUGGAUAGCUAUGGAGGAAAGUCUGUGCAAAUGGAGCAGACUGAUGAUGUGAAAACUGAGAAGCUGGCAGAUGCGAAAACCGGUGGGUGUGAGGGUGAAUCUGUAGUUCAAGGCACAAGACCUGAUCUUUAUGUUGCUUCUGUCUGCAGCGAUGUAAUUUCAGUCUCAAAGGAACUUUGGGUUGGUUCACUGGGAAAUGGUGCCGCAGAGCCACUAGUUCGAUCUAAAUUUGAGGAGUUUGGCCCAUUAACAAAUUUUUUAUUUUAUCCAUCCAAAGAUUUUGCCUUAGUUGAAUAUGGAAACAUUGUGCAUGCUGUUCAGGCAUGUGCAUAUAUGCGUGGUUCCUCUCUUUGGGGCGGUGGUCUUCAGAUAAGGUAUUUAGAUAGACUUAUCGGCAGUAGGGGAUUUAUUGGUGGUAUAGCUGUUGGUGAAAGCUGCCAUAUUUAUGUUGCUAAGGUCAAAAAUCAGAAAGAGAAAGACGAGGUGCUCGAUGAUCUGAACUCAGCAGGGCUGAAGAGGCCGUGUGGCAUUAUCGAUAUCUCCAGUGAAAAUGUUUUACUUCUUGAAUUUGAGACAGCAGUCGAUGCAGCUGUUGCAAAAGCUCACAUUAGGCGCCAAGCUCAGUCAGAUGUUUGUUCCCAGGUUAAGAGUACAUCUGCACAUCAGCUUUUGGUACAAAACAUGGACAAGUCAGUGCCUGACACUGAGUUCAUUAAUGCUUUCUCACGAUUUGGUGAGGUCAGUAGGUGGCAAUUUAAUAGGCUUGAUGGGAACUGUUUGAUUGAUUAUAAAUCACACAAUGCCGCCGCCUGUGCAAAGUCACAGAUGCAUGGUGCAAGAUUUGGGCUGAAGUUGAUUAGUGUUGAAUCUAGGACAUGCAGUGCAGGACCUAUUCAUGAUAAAACAUCAUCACCUGUUAUUCGAAUGCCAGGCCAGAACGUUUCGGACAGCAGCAGUCACCAGGAGAUCAGGAAUCCAAGGGUUUCAGGGUAUCAUGCAGGCUACACAGUACAGGGGGAUCGACCAAUUUAUGGUCCAUCACCUCCCAAUACCCAGCAAUUAUGGCACUACAAGGAGUUAGAGUCAAGCAGAGCUCCACAAGGAAUUCCUCCCUGCCCACCUGUUUCUGCACACCGUGCUUCUGUAAUACCACUGCCACCACCACCUAUCCAAACUAAUUUUCUCCGUCCUGUAUAUCCUGGUCCAGCCAGUCCGUGGGAAAACACUACACCAAAUCCACCCUUCAGUCGUGUUUCUCCUCGCAUGAUGUCCGGAAGUAACUUCCGUAUCAAUCCGCCUGCUCCUCUCCCUUUCAUGCCAUCUUCUGUUACCCCUCUUGCACAUCUUCCAGGAAGUUCAGCACAGCAGUCAGAGAAAAUGCCGCCACCUACACCAAAUAUAGCCCCGUCAACAUUUACACCUCCACCACCGUUACCUGUUUCCCAGCCACCCUCUGUUCCACCUCCCCCAGAUUCUCCUCCGGUGCAACCUUCUACUAAUCCUUCUAACUCACAGAAGCCAUCCUCUCAUCCUCAAUGGCAGGGUUCCCUUACAAAAAGUGGCAUACACUACUGCACAAUCUAUGCAAGUAGAGUAGAGUCAGAUGCAUGUAGAUAUGAAAAUGCCGUUUCUGAACCAGCAGAAUGGCCUUCAAGAUUAGAUGUGACAAAGCGCACAGCUUUCCAGCAUGUGAAGACAAUUUUCGCCAAUACUCCACCUAAUAAAAAAGAAAUCUGUCGGUUGUUGCCCUGUUCAAAUGGUGAUCAGAAAGGGUUUCGGGACUUUAUCUCCUAUCUGAAACAGAAAGAAUACGCUGGGGUCAUAAAAAUUCCUGCUGUGAAGCCCAUGUGGACACGGCUACUAUUUAUCCUUCCUCCCACAUCUGAUGUGUUUGGCAUGCUAGGCCUUCCGCCCCACCCUGCUGAAUGUCUUAUUGCCCUGGUUCUACCAAAGGAAACAACCCCUGAAGUGUCUUGACAUAGUAGUCGUGUAUAUGUAAAUUGCUGACCUUGAUUUUAGGACAUGUAUGUAAACCUUGUUGUGGUUGCCCGCUUUGUGCACAGUAAAUAAAUUUUCCAGUGCUGUGCUUUACAUUCUA